AUGUUUGCCAAGCGGAUACGCACCGUCGCUUUCACUGUCCUCGCCCUUCUCGCCAUUGCUUUCUUCUUCCGUGACCUGCUCUACACAACUUGGUCACUUGCCGCACUGCGUGUCACCUGGCAUGGCGGUGCGGACGACUUCAUACUGUCCAAGGCGCACGACGACUUUGACAUCACCUUCCUCGACUACGAUAAAUACCAGGUGUCCGCGGCGCCGUACGAAAAUUUGGUGCCACCAUUGCUGCAUCACAUCGCCUUGGGCCAGCGUGGCAGCCGCUGGAGGGAUCAGUGGGAGACGACAGUGCAGAGCUGCAUUGACAUGCACCACGGGUGGGAGGCGCACAUGUGGACAGACGAGACGGCGGCCAACUUCGUUGCUGAGAAGUUUCCGGACGUGUUUGAGACGUGGGAGAAUUAUUCGUACCUGGUCGAACGCGUCGACGCUCUGCGGUACAUGGUGCUAUACGAGUACGGCGGUGUGAUCCUCGACAUGGACCUCAAAUGCAGGCGGACACUGGGUCCUUUGCGCCGAUUCGAAUUCGUGGCGGCAGAGGCGCAACCCACGGGCUUCAGCAUCGGAUUCAUGAUGGCCAGCCAGCAUAACGCCUUCGUUGGCGACAUCGUGCGGAACCUGACCGCAUAUGACCACCAUUGGCUGGGACUCCCGUACCCGACCGUCAUGUUCAGCACGGGCUGCCACUUCGCGUCCGUAAUCCACGCGCGGCAGGCGAACCGUACCGCUCUCAAGAUCUUGCCUGGUCCUAUGCAUAGCCUCAACGGCCGGGUAACGACCCCCAUCUUUGAUCACCUGGGCAGCUCGUCCUGGCAUUCGUACGACGGUCGCCUCAUGAUUACACUGGGCCGCCACUCCAACCUGUUCUUCUUCGCCGCCGUCGGCGUGGCCCUCACAUUGUCAUUUUGCAGGCGGACAAUUUUGCGGUGGCUGUGA